AUUCAUUACAGAACAUAAAUAUCCAAGAUAUAUGCAGAUUUAUUAGUCGAUGAUACUGAUGUUAUGUCGACUAGAUAUUCAGAAUAGAAAUCCGAAGAGAAAGAAAAAUAAACGGGCUGCGCUGAAAAGUCCAAAGAGAUAUUUUCUGGCAUUGUAAGCUGAUAUCUUUGAUGGAGGUCCCUCAUCCUGCAGUUGGUGCAGUAGCAAAUGGUGCUGUACAGGAAGAACCAGCCCAGGAUGUAGCUGUUAAUGAAAGCAAUCCUCAAGCUGGUAGCUGUAAAUGCAUUCAGCCAUCCACACCCUGUAGUAGUGGUAGCUGUGCAGGUUCAUUUGGUAACGUUACAGGUUCCUUUGGUAGCUGUACAUCAGAAGGGGUUGACUGCUAUGGAAAUGAACGAAAUGCACUUUUAGAACAAUGUAAGUUCUUCAACAACACUCUGCUGAGUGACAUCAGACUCAAAGUUGGAACUAAGAUUUAUCAUUCACAUAAACUGGUACUAGUACGAUCAAGUGAAGUCUUUGAAAGAAUGUUCAGCUCUGAUUGGAGUGAUCCAAACAAGGGAGAAGUAGAAUUAGUUGAAGAUCCAGAGUGUGUGCACAUAUUUUCUCAUUUUUUGAAGUUUCUAUACAGUUGUCACAUCGUGCUGAACAUUGAUAACACUUUACCUGUGCUUAUACUGGCUGAUAAAUACAAUGUCACUGACCUACGCAAUGUCUGCAUUGACUAUGCAGCUACCUUUAUUAUACCAAAGUUACAAUUGAAAGAUGUGUUUCAUGUAUGGUUCCAGUAUGCUACAAAGUGUUACCAUAAGAAACUGAUUAGUAGCUGUGUGAUGGCCUUGUCUGCCAAAGCUGAUGACAUCAUGCUGAUGCCUGAAUGGCAACCUGAAUGGUUACAAUUGGAGAAAGACCAACUAAUAGAGAUUAUGAAGAGUUCUGAAUUAACAAUUAGGGAUGAAUUUUCUAUAUUUCUUGCCCUUGAGAAAUGGUUAGAAUGUAGCAGAUACCCAGAACGACAGCAAAAUAAAGAGGCAUUAUUGCGUGAAUUGUUGCAGUAUGUUCGGUUUCCAAUGAUGUUCCCUCAUCAAUUGUGUGCAGUUGAAAAGAGUAAAAUUGCUAAAGAGUUGCCAGCUCUGUUUGUUCCACACCUCAUGAUGAGUUAUAAAUAUCAUUCUCUUUCUCUAGAAAACAGAGCAAACACCAAAGAGUUCAAUAGUUCUAGUUUUCUUCUUCGAAAUUAUACUGAAUUGCGCUGGGACAAACGAUUUGUUAUUCAAAACUAUUCUCAGUUGUCUCGUUGUUCUGAAAUCAUGCCACGAUUCAGCACUCGUUCAUCUACAUUCCCCUCAUCUAGUUGGGAUUGGGAGCUGAAAAUACAUCCAAAGGGAUUCUCCUCUAGUAAUGAUGAUUUCCGUGCUGUUCUCUAUUCAAAUCUUAUUAUGGAUCAAGUAAGGCCCAUUGAAUUUAUGCUGUCUAUUGUGGAUAAUUCCACAAUUUUGAAAACUGUGACAGGUAGAAAGAACUUCUCCAAAACUCGAUACUCGGCUGAUUCAGAAAUAGACAAGAAGGUUUCUAUUGAUGAAUUGUUGGGAGAUUCAGCAUUAUUAGUCAAUGAUAAUCUUGUGUUACAGAUUAUUAUCAGACCUAUGGAUUGA